CACAAUACCCCAUCGUACAACUCCUAAAACAAAAGAACAAAUUUUACUGUAAUGUCAUGAGUUUAAAUUUGGGGUAAAACCAUUUUGCAACAACUAUGCAAGUUGUUAAGAACAAGAAAUCGAACCGUCAAAAUAUGGUACAUAACGGCUGUGAACUGCAACAGGAGCUUGUCGAAACUUCUCCUCCGUCAGAACGUCAUAACUUAAAUUAAUUUCAAAUACAAAGUUGGUGGUGUCCGAAAACGCUCUAGGAACACAUUUUUAAUAAACAAUAUUAAAAAAACAAUUUGAGGGAAUAAUAAAUAAAUAAUAUUGAAUAUCAAUUGGCUAGUAUAAAGAACAAAAGUUCAACAGAAUAAUAACAAGGUGGGACCCACGAGAGAUUGGAAUAAACCGGCAAAGGUCAAAAAAACCCGAAUAUAAAAAGCAUUAACGAAGAUCCCCCUCCACCUUCCUCUACUCCCUCAACCAACCCCACUCUACUCCCUAAUUUCUCUUCCCCCCAUUUUUUCUUCUUCUUCCUCCUCCGCCAUUUUUUUGCAUUCUUCUUUCCUUUCGAAUUAGGGCAAAUUCCUUAUUUUUUUACACGCACAGACACGCUUAAUGCGUGUGGAUUUCGCUCGAAUUUGCGAUUGAUGUCGUUGUUUGAUUGAUGCGAGGUCGUUUUUGGAUUUUCCGAUGGAAUCGAUCUGGACGCCGAACGGCGUCCCCGCCGCUUCGCAUUUCAUCUUCGCCGUCUACUUUGCUGUUGCGUUCGUUGCUGCCAGGUUCAUACUCGACAGAUUCAUCUUUCGUAGGCUGGCAAUCUGGUUGUUGAGCAGAGGUACCACUCAGCUAAAGCUUAAUGAGGAGACAAGGUCAAAAAUAGCGAAAUGUUCAGAGUCCAUGUGGAAGCUUACAUAUUAUGCUACUGUUGAGUUUUGCAUUUUAGCUACCAUCUACCAGGAACCAUGGUUUACAGAUGUAAGAGCAUAUUUUACUGGCUGGCCUGAUCAAGAGCUGAAGCUUCCCUUAAAACUUGUCUACAUGUGCCAAUGUGGGUUUUACACCUAUAGCAUUGCUGCCCUUCUUACUUGGGAAACACGACGAAAGGAUUUUUCUGUCAUGAUGUCUCAUCAUGUUGUCACUGUGAUCCUAAUUGCUUCUUCAUACCUCACGAGGUUUUUCCGGAUAGGAGCAGUUAUUCUCGCACUGCAUGACGCGAGUGAUGUAUUCCUCGAAGCUGCUAAAGUUUUCAAAUACUCUGGAAAAGAAGUUGGCGCUAGCCUGUUUUUCGGUUUGUUUGCUGUGUCGUGGCUUUUACUAAGGCUCAUAUUCUUCCCGUUUUGGGUCAUAAGGUCUUCAAGCUACUACUUAUGUGAAGUCUUGAACCUGGCAGAGACGUACUCAGCCACAUUGUAUUAUCUCUUCAAUACAAUGUUAUUGACCCUGCUUGUUUUUCACAUUUACUGGUGGAUACUCAUAUGCUCAAUGAUCAGGAGACAGCUGAAAAAUAGAGGACAAGUCGGGGAAGAUAUACGAUCAGAUUCCGAUGACGACUGACUAGAUGGAAGUCAUGUUCUUUG